AUGCACAGAGAGUAUAAUGGAAAGCCAACCUUCACACAGAUCGUGGUGGCUUCCUCCAUCGGGUUGAUAUUUGCUGCAGCAAUGCAUUAUCGGCUUAAGAAAAUGAGAGAUCGAAAGACCAUUCCACGUCUCAGAAUAUCAAAGGCAAACCGUAAACCAAAGCUUGAAAAGUUUCCUCAUUACGUAGCUAGGCAAAUGGGGUUCAAAGAUAGAAGAUGUUGUCCUCAUCUUUGUAAAUUGGCUUCUGAAUACAUAAGGAAAUCCGAGGGAUGUGAAAAUGAUCUCUAUAGCUUCUUUGAGAAUGAACCAGAUGCCGAUUCGCUUUUUGUGAAGCUUGUGGAAGAGUUUGAGAGAUGUAUUCUCAGUUACUUUGCAUUCCAUUGGAGACAUGGUGAUAUUUUGAUAAGUCAGGUAUCUACAUUUGUGAAAAUCUCUUUUCUUUGUUGUCUGGAAUUGCAGGUGUUUAGCUCUGAAAUUGAACCAAGGGCAAAGCUCAGGCACAUAGUUAUGGCAGCAACUAGGGAACAAAGGAUCGACAGAGUGACCAAGAAUCUGAAGGUAGCUAGAGUUUUCAACACAUUAGUGGAAGAAAUGAAAGCAAUGGGACUGACAAAUGAUGACUCCCAAUGCACAGAGGUGAUGGCUCCAGUGGCUCACAGUGAUAGGAGCCCAGUGCUUCUUUUCAUGGGUGGUGGCAUGGGAGCUGGCAAAAGCACUGUACUCAAGGACAUUCUUAAAGAACCUUUCUGGGCAGGAGCAGCAGGCAAUGCUGUCAUCAUUGAGGCAGAUGCCUUCAAAGAAUCAGAUGUCAUCUAUAGGGCCCUCAGUGCAAGAGGGCAUCAGGACAUGAUUAGAACAGCUGAACUGGUACACCAAUCAUCAACUGACGCAGCCUCAUCCCUCCUAGUGACAGCACUAAAUGAGGGGCGAGAUGUAAUAAUGGACGGUACACUCUCCUGGUUACCAUUUGUUGUGCAAACAAUAACAAUGGCUAGAAAUGUCCACCGCCGCCGCUACCGCAUGGGACCUGGCUACAAGAUGAAUGGCGAUGGAACUGUCACUGAAAACUAUUGGCAGCGAAUUGAGGAAGAGCAAGACCGGGUUGAAGGAAAGAGGAGAAAACCAUACAGAAUAGAGCUUGUUGGAGUAGUAUGUGAUGCUUACCUUGCUGUCAUUAGAGGCAUAAGGAGAGCUAUCAUGUGUAGAAGAGCAGUAAGAGUGAAGUCACAACUCACAUCGCACAAGAGAUUUGCUGAUGCAUUUCUCACUUAUUGUCAGCUAGUUGACAAUGCUAGGCUAUACAGUACAAAUUCUUUGGAAGCUCCACCUAAGUUGAUAGGAUGGAAAGAUAGAGACAAGACAUUGCUGGUUGAUCCAGAUGAAAUAGACUGUUUGAAGAGGGUGGCAACGUUGAACGAAAGUGCCAACAACAUAUAUGAACUUUACAAGCACCCCAACCCAGCUUGUGAAGUUGGAUCCAUAUGGAAAGACAUUGUGCUAUCUCCUUCAAGGUUGAACGUCCAAAAAGAGCUGAAGUAUUCAAUCCAAAAGAUUGAGAAUUUAAAACUAUAGAUCUUGAUGAAGCAUUAAUGACAGUUUUCCACCUUCUUUACCUUCUGAGAUAAGGUUCAUAACAUAGAAACCAUCUAGAUUACAAAAGUAAAGUAAAGCAUAAGAUAAGCUCAAUCAGCUUACAUAGUGUAUUGAAAUUUAUGACCGAGGAAAAUUUUUAUUGUUGUCCUGACAUAUGAACCAAGUCUAUAAAAACAACAGAAAAUAGUCAAAUCUUGAUAUUGAAAAUUUUAGAAAUAUUUUAAGGUCACUCAUCGAAUCAAACGACUACCACCCACCAAAUACAGAUAUUAGGUGCAAUUGCUCGGUUUCAAAAUUGAUAAGACGAGUUAUCAAA